GAUGCUAAUUUUUGUAGCAAAGCUAGUUAGUGUACGUUGUAGUGUACGUUGUGGACAGCGGUGUUUCAUUCACAGCUUUCUAGAAUAAUCCUCUCCCCGUCCCCCUUUCCAUUACACAGUAAUAUCAGAAGGUAACGUUGUUUUUUGGGGGAGAAAUUCUGGAAGAAAAGUCAUAUCUGUGGAAUAUUGUUAGUGAUCUCGUUUCGAGAACACGCAGUCGGACGCACGCUGAUGGCGGUCACUAUCGAGGAGCUGUAUCGUAACUACGGGAUUCUUGCUGAUGCCAAGCCUGAGGACCUGAGUAAGCACAAAGAUGCCUAUCAGGUGAUCCUUGAUGGGGUGAAGGGAGGUCCCAAAGAGAAGCGCUUGGCUGCACAGUUCAUUCCAAAAUUCUUCAGCAGUUUCCCAGACCUGGCAGAUGCUGCAAUCAAUGCUCAACUUGACCUGUGUGAGGAUGAAGAUGUUUCUAUUCGGAGGCAGGCCAUCAAAGAGCUCCCCCGUUUUGCAGCUGGGGAGAACAUUGUCAGGGUAGCCGAUAUACUUACCCAGCUUCUACAGACAGAUGACUCAGCCGAAUUCAACCAAGUGAACACAGCGCUGGUCUCAAUCUUCAAAAUGGAUGCAAAAGCUACCCUGGGAGGCCUGUUCUCUCAGAUCCUGCAGGGUGAGGACAUAGUGAGAGAGCGGGCCAUCAAGUUCCUCUCCAUCAAGCUGAAAACGCUGCCUGAGGACACCAUGACCAAGGAGGUGGAGGACUACGUGUUCACAGAGACAAAGAAGGUUCUGGAGGACGUGACCGGGGAGGAGUUUGUGCUGCUCAUGCGCAUCCUGAUGGCGCUGAAGAGCCUGCAGACGGUAAGCGGGCGGCAGCAGCUGGUGGAGCUGGUGGUGGAGCAGGCCUUCCUGGAACAGGCGCUGAACCCAGCAGACCCCGACACCGUGGACCGCCUUCUGCAGUGCACGCGCCAGGCCCUGCCCCUUUUCUCAAAAAAUGUACAUUCCACACGCUUUGUGACCUACUUCUGUGACCAUGUCCUUCCAAACCUCAGCUCUCUAACUAGUCCUGUGGCCGAGCUGGACAUUCAGCUGGAGGUGCUGAAGCUGCUUGCUGAGAUGAGCCCAUUCUGUGGGGACAUGGUGAAGGUGGAGGCCAACCUCACCAUGCUGUUUGAGAAGCUACUGGAGUUCAUGCCGCUUCCCCCCGAGGCAGAGGGUGAGAACGGAGAAAACACAAUAAGCGAGGAACCCAAACUGCAGUUCAGCUAUGUGGAGUGUCUCCUCUUCAGCUUCCACCAACUGGGCAAGAAGCUGCCCGAUUUCCUGAUCGACAAGAUCAACGCUGAACGCCUCAAAGACUUCAAGAUCAGGUUACAGUACUUUGCCAGAGGACUGCAGGUAUACAUUCGCCAACUGCGAGUAGCCCUACAGGGCAAAACUGGAGACGCACUGAAAACAGAAGAGAACAAGAUCAAAGUGGUUGCUUUGAAGAUCACCAACAACAUUAACGUUCUGAUCAAGGAUCUCUUCCACAACCCACCAUCAUACAAGAGCACGGUUACUUUGUCCUGGAAGCCUGUCCAGAAGACUGAGGCUACAGCUCCAAAGCGGCCGUCUGGGGAGGAGAUGGGUGCCGGUAGUACCAUGAAGAAGCAGCUGUCCCCACUGCCCCGGAGGGAUGCCAGGCAGAUCUACAACCCCCCUAGCGGCAAGUACAGCGCCACGAUUGGCAACUUCUCCAAUGAACAACGUGGAGGUUUCAGGGGAGGCAAAGGACGAGGCUUUGGUGGUAGGGGAGGCAGGAGCCGGGGCCGCAUCUACUAAGUCUACCAUCUCAGACACACAGACACACAACUGCAGUACAUCAGGAUCCCUGCCGUAACCACAGUGGUCUCCACGACCUCUGUUCUUCAACCUGUGUCCAUCUUGUUUUUUUUCCUUAUCCCAAGAACCUAUGUUAAGGAAGUGUUUUAGUAAAUUUUUAGGUGGGGGGGAGGUUAAUUUCAACUAAACACUUCUAAGAGACUGGGCUCCGAACUUUUCUACCUAACGUUUCUACCCCACACUUUCCCAGUGAAGCAAUUGUUCAUGUAGAGCCUUUUGGGUAUUUUUUAUUUUUUUUGUUGCUGUUUUUUGUUUUCAUAUGAGUGUACUUUGUGGAACCACAGACUGCCAAGUUGUACCGAUUGAUAUUUUUUGUCAAGGAAAAAAAUAUUUGUUUUACAAAAUUAUGACAAUUGCAUUAUUUCACUUAUUUAAUCUUUUAUUUUUAUGCUUCGAUUUGGAUUGGCGUACUCUUCACUACUUUGUAUGAAUCUAUAAAGAUGUUUUCAUCUGAAUUUUUAUCAUAAACUUGUAUUGAAGUCUUUCCUCCUUGCCCCCUUUGUGUAAUACUGUCAAAAUAAGACCCUUGCAAAGUUCAGAAAUUUUAGGAUGUUGACUAACCCCUUCAUAAAAAUAGGUUGUAUGACACAAAGUAGCACAAGUACUUAUAAAGUUGAUUAGCUUUAUAAUUGGAAACUUUAAUUGUCAUUGAAAACAGCUAUGAUGUUAGUUUAAUACUAAUUCCCCAGUAACUUUUCUACUAACUGUAAAUUAGUUUAUAAUCUCAGUUGGAGUCUGUUGCUCAUGUUUUGCAUGCUUUUUUU